AUGACGAACAAUUCGGUUGUUACUCUGCUCGAAAACCUCAUGAAUAUUCCCUCCACCAGCGAUGAGGAAUACGCCAUCGGUCUAAAUAUCGAGCACCAUCUGCAAUCUCUGGGAUAUACCGUUGAGCGGAUCCCUAUUAGCCCCGAUAGCUCUCGCUGCAACGUCUAUGCGUACCUUGGGUCUUCGCGCAAGACAAAGGUCUGCCUGACCUCGCAUAUGGAUACUGUUCCGCCCCAUAUUCCUGUACGGGUGACCGAGCAAGUCAUUUAUGGACGUGGGGCUUGCGAUGACAAAGGUCCACUCGCCGCUCAAGUCACGGCCCUUGAAGAGCUUCGCAAAGAGAACCUCGUCCAGCCAGACGAUGUAUCCUUGCUCUUCGUCGUAGGAGAAGAGAAAGGAGGCCCGGGUAUGCUGGCCGCCAACAAUAUGAAUUUGUCCUGGAAUGCCGUAAUAUUUGGCGAGCCGACCGAGGGGAAACUUGCUGUUGGCCACAAGGGACACUUUGUGUUUGAGCUCAUUAGCAAAGGUAUCCCAUCCCAUUCAGGAUAUCCUCAGCAGGGUUGCAGUGCGAUUGCUACGAUGGCAUCUCUUCUGUCUGAAAUAGAUAAGAUUCAAUUUCCGUCGUCCGAUACCAUCGGGCUGUCUACUUUUCACUGUGGACAGAUCCAAGGAGGUGUGGGAUACAAUAUCUUAGCUGCUGAAUGCAUAGCACUCUGCGCCGUCCGCGUGGCUAAUGAUUUGCCUGAGAUUGAGCGAUUGGUCGAGGAAGCGGUGUCAAGAUAUGAGACGGUGCGACUAAAGAAGAAAUUCAGCUACCCAGAGAUGUAUUUAGAUCAUGACGUGCCUGGCCUGGGCACGAUGGCUGUGGCGUUUGGAACGGACGCUCCGCGACUACAGGGAGACCAUAAAAAGUACCUCUAUGGACCGGGAUCUAUCUUGCUCGCACACGGGGAAAAAGAACAAAUUGAUAUCACCGAGCUUACAGAAAGCGUCCAGGUGUACAAGCAGCUCGUCAAACACUGCUUGUAUGGCUGA